UCUUGUCCUUGCAUCAGCCUGAAUGCCUGAUCGUUAACUGUCAGACUCCCUGCUUUCCCUCCACCAACCUUGUCGAGUUCCGUUAAUGGCGCCAGCUGCUCCUCGAUCCGGUGAUGCCAUUUUCGCUAGCGUUGAACGCGUGAAUGCCGAGCUAUUUACUUUGACGUAUGGGGCAAUUGUGCGUCAGUUGCUUACUGAUCUGGAAGAGGUUGACGAGGUUAACAAACAGCUGGAUCAAAUGGGUUAUAAUAUUGGAGUUCGUUUGAUAGAUGAGUUUCUAGCUAAAUCUAUUGUCUCAAGAUGCGUCGACUUCAAAGAGACUGCUGAAGUAAUAGCAAAGGUUGGAUUUAAAAUGUUCCUUGGUGUUACUGCAUCUGUAACCAAUUGGGAUGCUGAUGGGACAUGUUGCAAUAUUGUUUUAGAGGACAAUCCCCUGGUAGAUUUUGUUGAGCUUCCUGAUACAUGUCAAGGUCUGUGCUAUUGCAACAUCUUAAGUGGAGUCGUUAGAGGAGCCUUAGAGAUGGUGUCAAUGAAGACUGAGGUCACAUGGGCUCGUGAUAUGCUUCGAGGUGAUGAUGUGUUUGAAUUACAGGUAAAACUUCUCAAGCAAGUUCCAGAAGAAUAUCCCUACAAGGAUGAUGAGUGAAUAUUCACAUUCUCUCUUCUAAUGUAACUAGCACUAUGUUUAAAAAAAAAAGAAAAAGUACACAACAGUGAAGUUUUGUUGAAGAAGAGAAGUAUGCACCAGUAACGUAACAGUGUGAUGGGAUUUUAACUUUUAUAUUGGGCAAUAUAAUCAUUCUGAUGAUUAUGAUUCUGGUUAGGUUCAUGUUUUCUCAACUUGAGAGUAUCAGCUGACUAUCCAGUACAAUCUAUAUAAAAAUAUUCAGUCCAUGGGCAAAA